AUGUCGUUCAAGAGUCUAAUUCAGGACAUGAGAGGAGAGCUUGGGAGUAUUUCUAGAAAGGGAUUCGAUGUGAGAUUCGGGUAUGGGAGAUCGAGGUCUCAACGUGUGGUUCAGGAUACUUGUGUUGUUCCUGUGGAUGCUUUUAAGCAGAGCUGUUGGGCUAAUAUGCCUCCGGAGCUGCUCAGGGAUGUUCUCAUGAGGAUUGAGAACUCCGAAGACAGUUGGCCCUCUAGGAAGAAUGUUGUCUCUUGCGCAGGUGUUUGCAGGAACUGGCGAGAAAUCGUUAAGGAGAUCGUCAAAGUUCCUGAAGUUUCCAGCAAACUCACUUUUCCAAUCUCCCUGAAACAGCCGGGUCCAAGGGGGUCACUUGUUCAAUGCUAUAUCAUGAGAAACCGAAGCAAUCAGACUUACUACCUAUACCUCGGGUUAAACCAAGCAGCUUCAAAUGAUGAUGGAAAGUUCCUUCUUGCUGCAAAGAGGUUUCGGAGGCCAACUUGCACUGACUAUAUCAUCUCCUUAAACUGUGAUGAUGUCUCCAGAGGAAGCAAUACCUAUAUUGGAAAGCUAAGAUCCAACUUUCUGGGGACCAAGUUCACUGUCUAUGAUGCUCAGCCGACAAAUCCCGGAGCUCAGGUUACCAGAACCCGUUCAACCAGACUUCUCAGUUUGAAACAAGUGAGCCCGAGAAUCCCAUCUGGCAACUAUCCUGUGGCACAUAUCUCAUAUGAGCUUAACGUCUUGGGUUCCAGAGGACCGAGGAGGAUGCAGUGUGUAAUGGAUGCCAUCCCUGCAUCAGCAGUACAACCUGGAGGAACAGCUCCAACUCAGACGGAACUUGUCCACAGCAAUCUCGAUAAUUUCCCGUCGUUCUCCUUCUUUAGGUCGAAAUCAAUCCGCACAGAGAGUCUCCCUUCUUCGGGUCCAUCGUCUGCUGCUCAGAAGGAAGGCUUGCUUGUCCUGAAGAACAAAGCGCCCAGAUGGCACGAACAGCUCCAGUGCUGGUGCCUCAAUUUCAAUGGUAGAGUCACUGUUGCUUCCGUGAAAAACUUUCAGCUCGUAGCUGCACCUGAGAACGGACCUGCAGGACCCGAGCACGAAAACGUGAUUCUACAGUUUGGGAAAGUGGGCAAAGAUGUUUUCACAAUGGAUUACCAAUACCCAAUCUCUGCCUUCCAGGCGUUCACCAUUUGCCUUAGCAGCUUCGACACCAAGAUAGCAUGUGAAUGA